AUGAAGAAGAUGUAAAACUAUGAUAAACCUAAAAUGAUAUCAGUUCAACGUCACGACGAAUCCUUAAAACUUAAAGAAUUUACAAUUACAACACAAAAGGUUAAAACCCGUAUCAAAAACAAAUUAACCUUUUCCCAAAAAAGUACAAUAGAAGCACAAUCAACCGGUAGGCGAGCGCUAUCAACAAGCAGCUGAUCAGAAGAGAAUCGCGCGAAACUUCGAAAUUAGAAAAAGAUUAGAAUUGGUUUCUCUUUCAAAAAACUUCCGAAUCCACGAUAAAGGAUGAGAGCCGCUCUUCUGAACAACCUUUCGAGACGGUGUUCGUAUCUCACGGCAAAAUGCUCAUCAUUACAGGAAACGGCGACUAAAGGUAUAUUGUAGUAGAUUGAUUAGUGAUGUCUUUGUAUAUCAUGUUAUUAAGGUAUGUAUGCGUAAAUUUGAGGAGCAUUAUUACUCUACUAAUUCUUGUUUCUUUAUUUUACCGGUUUGUUACGGUAAUUUUAUCAUAAAAACGACUGCAGCCUGCGAAGCGUGGGGCGCCGUUGGAAAAAUUCUAAAAAGAGAAAAUUUUAUUUUUUUCAAUAAAAAUGUUUUUGACAAGUAUUUUAUGGAUAAUAUAAAGUAAAGACGUGAAUAUACUUUGUAAAAAUACUUUACUUUAAUUCUUAUAUGUUAUGUUUCAGGUAAUGACUUCUAGAUUGGCGAGGGUAAACCAAUGGCUUUUGUUCUCUAGACAAUGGCAUGUUAUAGAUGGCGCAAACCAGGUAUAUUUUGGUGCUAUUUAUAUGUAUUUUGUUUUUAGGACGUUUUUGAGUUAGGCAACUUAGCAGCAAAUCAUUUGAGUGGCAAAUGGAAGCCAAUAUACCAUCCUUUGACUGACUGUGGAGAUAAUGUUGUUAUCGUUAACUGCAAAGAUGUGGCUAUGCACGGAUUUAACUGGAAGCACAUGCUUUUCCAUUAUAACAAGGUAAAAUAAAUUAAAAGGUUAUUGUGUAUGUUUAUUAUUUUAUUGAUAAAGCUAGCUCUAUCAAAAAUAUGUUAUAGGAAUAUCCACGGAGUAAAACCGAUAUUCGUGCUCACGAAAUUCAUGAGUUUGAACCCACGAGGAUAGCCUUUGCCGCUGUUUACAAGGCUUUAGGACGAACACCGAUCAGAAGACAUCAAAUCGAACGACUUCACUUAUUUGCCGAUGAUGAAAUGCCAGAAUUCAUUCGAAUGAAUAUUGGAAGCCAACUUCGACAAGUUCAAAAGGUGCCAAAGAAGUCAACAGAGUACACUGAGGAAGAACGGCAGAACUUCCCAUUGUUGUUCAAGAGAAGAUCAGAUCACGUUCUGGAUUGGGAGCAAACUCCGCCCGAGAUCGAAAGGCAUUGA